AUGGAGCUACUUCCCCGCUCUGUAUUUAACCUUCUCUGUUCCACCUCAGGUAAAGUCUGGUGGAUGCUGAUGCUGUUUCUACGUCUGCUCGUCCUCCUGCUGGCCGGCUUCACCCUCUACGCCGACGAGCAGGACCGAUUCAUCUGCAACACCAUCCAGCCCGGCUGCUCCAACGUGUGCUUCGACGUCUUCUCCCCCGUGUCCGUCUUCCGCCUCUGGCUCUUCCACCUCAUCCUCCUCUGUCUUCCCCAUGUGCUGUUUGCCACCUACGUCGCGCACAAAGUCAUGACGGUGUAUUAUCCGAGCGUUGGAGGUUUCUUCUUCUUCGACAGGAGCAGAGGAGGUUCCACUUUUGAGAACUCGAGCUCCUCCAGAGAGCUGUCCUUACACAAAGCUCCGAUUCAUGAACUUCCCCGAGAAUGGGGAGUGCCGCGUUUCUACUGCGCCUACCUCCUGGUUGUAGUUCUGCGGAUCCUCCUGGAAGUGUUUUUCAGCGCCGGGCAGUUUUUCCUCUUCGGUUUGUCCAUGCCGAAGAGCUUCCUCUGUUACGAGGCGCCCUGCACGUCCGGAGUGGAAUGCUACAUCUCCAAGCCGAUGGAGAAGACGCUAAUGCUCAACUUCAUGCUGGGCGUUUCCUCCCUGUCCGCUCUGCUGAGUUUCUUCGACCUGGUGAGCUCGGUGAAGGCCAUGGUGAGGUGGAGGAGGAGACGGGAGAUGCUCCUGGAGGAGAUGAGUAAAGCAGGCGAGCAAAGCAGCGUGUUCACGGCCACUACCAAUGAAGACAGCGACGUUCUUCUAACCAGAGGGAUCAGCCUGAGUGGAAGCUCAAAGAGCACCAUGAAAGAUGAGAAAAAUGCAAAAAUCUACGGUGAAACUUUCAUAAACCCGGCAGAAUCCACCCAGGACCACAUGCCCGAAAACAAAGACAUAUCGCUCUCUCCCACUCCAGUACCGACUCACUUCGUCCUCCACAGCCACCUCAGACCUCCAAUGUCUCCUCGUCCUGAUAGGAUACCGCCGCCGAACCCCAGGGCGCCAACACCCGUAAGGGUCAAACAACUGGGCCAGUUCACUCCAGCUGCAGCAAACUCAGGCCAACAGUCAGACAGCAGUGACUCUCAGGACAAGAGGGCAUGGGUGUGA